CACAUAUCACUCCCUGGAUUUCGGUCCAAAGAAUCAAACCGAUGUUCUGGAGUGCUGUCGACAGAGUAAUGAUGCUUUAGAUGAAGAUAAGUACUUUGUGUUUCUAACUUUCUAUGGAGAAUCUUCCAGCGUGAGAGAUUCUUGAUGUCUGUGGGUUUUGGAAAAAGAAAACGCACAGAAUGAAUGAAUGUAUCAAAUCAUGAAUGAGAUUCCGUUUUUCAUGGCCUAAAUCAAUCUAUCUCGCUUUCUCAAGAAUAAUCACUGUAAGAAUCUCUUUUAUUGGGAUUAGAGUUUCAAGUCCAAAAAUUCAGAGAAAACUGCUCAUUUUGUUCUCCUAUAUCAAACUUCAAAUCUCCUUCUUCUCUCUGCUUCAUCGUCACAAGUAACCAUCAUGGACACACUCGUUGCUCAGUUGCAGAGACAAUUUCGUGACUACACCAUUUCUCUCUAUCACCAGGGGUUUCUGGAUGAUCAGUUCACUGAGCUGAAAAAGCUGCAAGAUGAAUGUAGCCCUGAUUUUGUGGCAGAGGUUGUUUCUCUCUUCUUUGAAGACUGUGAGAAGCUUAUCGGUAACAUGGCUAGAGCUCUAGAUCAGACAGGAAAUGUAGAUUUCAGUCUGGUAGGUUCUAGUGUUCAUCAACUCAAAGGUAGUAGCUCAAGUGUUGGUGCCAAGAGGGUCAAAGGUCUUUGUGUUACCUUCAAGGAGUGUUGUGACUCUCAGAGCUUUGAAGGGUGUGUGAGAUGUUUGCAGCAGGUGGAUAUUGAGUACAAGUCAUUGAAGGCAAAGCUUCAAGAUUUGUUCAAUCUUGAGCAGCAGAUUGUCCAAGCUGGUGGUAGAAUCCCUCAGGUUGAUAUAUAAGAUACUCGCCGACGACAGAACAUGAAUUUGAUCAAUCAGACUAUCAGAGUGAUGAUGAUUUGCAUUCUCAGGAUGUUAUUGUUUAGUUAAAACUUAAAAGUUAAAACACUUACAAAUGUGUGGAAAAGACCCGAGUGAUUGUUGUUGUUAGAUCAGUACUAUGUAACUUUAUCAAUCGCUUUGGUUUGAUGACCCUUGUUCCUAAUAUAUAAUCUGAAUCGUUUGCUACGA